AUGCUGUGCGAAACUCUCCGGUUCCGCGAGAACGAUGAAGCCGCAUUCCUGGAUAGAUUCAUCCAAUACGCCCAGUUACAUCGAGGCGUACGCGGCAUUGCUGGGCAGACCUGGGGCUCGCUCAAGGAGUCACCUCUAGGAGGGCUAUCACACGCUCAUACUCAAGCGUCUAGUUCGAAAACGAAAGUCCAGCUGACCUCUGUGUACGCAGGACCUCUUGAAUCUAUAAAAGCAGCGAAGCUUGGAGCUCCACUUACCGUUGUCUAUCAACAGACUAUCACAUUUCUGCAAAUAACUACGCACAAUCUGCAUUAUUAUCGUGAUUUGUGGAUUUUUGGGGAUGCAGGGAAGUUCUUGGUAGAGAGUAUUACGAAGCACUUGGGACCGGACUGGGAAAGCUGGUUGGGUUUGCCCAGGGAGGUUGUUAAUAAUCAAGAGCAUCUUGCAAUUCAGUAUGAACGCUAUGGUGAAUCGUGA